UUUUUUUCCGGAGUUGUUUUUUUGCACAGAUGAGCUGCUUUGCAGAGACUGGAGGGUUUUCUUGUUUGUCUGUUUUAUAGCUAUAGCUGUUAAGUCAUCCGUUCUGUCGCUAACCCUCGGAUUUAUGUCGGUAGGUGGUUAGUUAGUUAGUGUAGUUUUAUCAAGCUCGUGCUUUUGUUUUUGAGUGGACAUUAAAAAAAUUAUACCAAAUUCGUGGAAAAUACAUCAAAAACUGGACCUUCUACUAUUUUAGAAUAAAACAUUAGAUAUGCUUAUUUAAGUCGUUGUUGUUACACUUAUCCGUUCGCUAUGUUGUUGAAAGAAAACCAGGUCAGCCUAAGUGUUUUCACGUCUGUAACGGACUCAAGUGAUGAACCGAUUCGAGCUGCGGUUCCUCCGUCUGUGGAGCUCGGACUCACCAUUGUGUAUACCAUCCUAUAUUCGCUACUUUUUGUGUUUGUUUACUUGCAACUUUGGCUCAUUUUGCGUUAUGGACACAAGCGCUUCAGCUACCAGAGUGUCUUUCUUUUUCUCUGUUUGCUGUGGUCAGCGCUAAGGACUACAUUAUUUUCAUUCUACUUCAAGAACGUUGUCCAAGCAAACCAGUUGCAGCCUUUGCCUUACUGGCUGUUGUACUGUUUUCCAGUAUGCCUCCAAUUUUUCACUCUGUGUCUGCUCAAUCUUUAUUUUGCACAGGUAAUGUUUAAAGCCAAAGCAAAAUAUUCUCCGGAGCUCAACAAAUACAAGUUUCCCAUGCAUCUGGCGUUCAUCUCUGCCAGCCUUUUCUUCCUCGUGGUAAACCUGACAUGCGCAAUGCUGGUGCAGGGGGGCAUAGGGGGUGGCAUGGGGGGCGAGGCGGGCGAGGCAGAGGUGCGGCAGGUGGUGCUGGCCCGGGUGCUGGUCAACGACAGCCUCUUCGUACUCUGCGCUAUCUCGCUGGCCGUGUGCAUUUUCAAGAUUGCCAAGAUGUCCUCGUCCAACGUCUACCUCGAAUCCAAGGGUACGUCAGUGUGCCAAGCUACUGUCAUAGGUGCUGCAGUCAUCCUGCUCUACACGUCCAGGGCCGGCUAUAACCUGGUGGUGGUGGCUCUCUCUCCAGAGAACCGUCCCAGCGCCUUUAACUACAGCUGGUACAACGUCUCUGACCAGGCAGACAUAGAGAAGAUCAGUGGAGAGGCCUACAUCAUCUUUGGGAUCAUCCUCUUUUUCUGGGAGCUGCUACCCACCAGUCUGGUCGUGGUCUUCUUCAGGGUACAGAGGCCCAAUCAGAACCUAGCACCAGGAGGAAUGAUCAACAGUCACAGCUUCAGUUCCAAGGCCUAUUUUUUUGAUAACCCCCGGAGGUACGACAGCGAUGAUGACCUGUCCAAGAGCAACAACUCCAGAGCAGAUCGACCGAGUAGUUUCCUGUCCUCGACGCCCCAGUUGGACCCCAGCUGGUACAGCUCCACCCAGAGGAACGGCAGCCUUACGGGGAUCCCCCAUCUCCCCACCGGCCCCCAGACCUCCACUGCACCCCUUCUCCUAGCCUACGGCAACAUCCAGACCAACCAGCACCAUAACUACUAUUCCACCCCCCAGAACUACUAUUCUACCCCCCAGAAUCACUACUGCACCCCUCAGAACUAACCACCCCUGCCGUCCCCAGUAGAUACCCCUGAAAGUAACCCGGAAAACACUCAGGAAGGGGCGCUCCUGACUUUCAGCUCCAUGGCUACGACCCUCUGGGUUACCCUGGCGAUCCUGUGACUGGCGCUGUGUGGCCACGCCUCCCUCAUUCCAGCUUUCGACCCGGUCCCACCCCACCAGGGCUACUUAACUACCCGUCUUGUUGUAGGCAUGGUGACGACCUUUGGGAUUUCUGGGGCCAGACGAAGGGGAGAUCAUUUGAGGUCAGUGGUGGUUAGGGAGUGGUCAGCUGAGUGAUAUUCCUUUUAUUAAAAAAGCUUUCCAACAUGUCUAUUACCAUAGUCCUGGAACAGAGGUCUGCUACCCGACCCGAGCCAAACGGGCCCCGACAUUAUACAUCAGGUUAGGGCCAGGUAGGAUCUAUUUUUUUCAUCAAUAACUAGAGAACGGGCAGGGCUCGGGUAUCACUAGAUUGAUCACUAACAUUUUGAAGCUGAACCAUUUGUGCGUGCUCUGCUGCGCAGUACAGUCAUAUUUAACUAAGUUCUUCAACCACAUUACAUAUAAGACAGGAGAGAUGAUUUCACAGAAAAUAAUAAUGUUCCUGGAGUUUUUAGGAGUUUAGAGUGACGAAAAGUAGCCCAAGCAGAGCCAUUACUAUGGAUACUCAGACUCAGAGCCACCAUGAGCUGAGCGGAUGCAGAGCGAGUGACAGACAGGGAGGAGCAGCUAAUGGAUUUACAAACUGAGGAAGUUAUUUCUGAUUUUGGGUUUUUGGCAGGGCCUUAAAUUUGGCAGAAGCAAUCGGGCCUGGGUAGUGUAGGGCCUGAACGUUGUGGGCAUGGGUAGGGCUCGGGCUUUGCAUUCAUGUCCGUGCAGGGCUCUUUCUGGAACAUUGUACUAUUCCUAAGAAAUGUUUGUAUGGAAAGGAUUGUGCUUCUCAGCUUUUCCACACACACAUACUGUAUGUUUGUCGGACAUCAAACAGAAAAGUUAGUCCUCUAUCUCUUUCAAGGACCAGACAAGUACAUGGACCAGCACUUUUGUUUUUGCACCCCAAAUUUCCUAUUUUGCUUUGGUCCAGUGGGCAGUUCUCCCCGCUGCCCCUUGCACACAGACUCCCCUCCAUGAGUCGGGAGGUGACAUUUGUACUUGAAAAAAUCCCCGCACUUCACAUUCUGAGGACAAGACCCUGGCUUUAAUGUAGACUUGGAUCUUUAUACAAUCUCAGACUUUGUGUUCCUUCCCUGGACCAUGUCUCAUUUCCCUGUAAAGACCAGUUGUUAUCUGAGCAAUGAGACAUCCAUGGCCAUGUCCUUCUAAACCAACACCAAACGGGGCUAGAAUCAUGGGCAAUGCUCUCGGUAUUCGAGCCCAAUGUGCACUGGGACACCGUGGGAAGGGUUAAUACUUUGUGUGUUUGAAUCUUUCACACGGUUAAAGACUGUGUGAAAGAGGAAGGCCACUUUUGCCAAAGAGCGCACAGAUCGAGAGUCGGGCCUAAAAUGUAGUCUCGAGCCUCCAGCUUUCCUAGCUGCUUGGGAACUCCGUUUCGACGAGAGGCCCCUAAUGGAGAAUAGACUGUGGGGAAACAAUAUGUUUCUGAAUGAAUUUUCUGAUCUGGACCCAGUAAAGUGAAUGUACGGACUAAGUGUGGAUCGGCGGAGUGAUCAGAUCAAAGUGUUGUGGUCCAGUUUCACAGUACACUAGGCUACUCCCUGCAAAGCCCUAGCAAGGUCCCAGGUCAGUUUGUGCUGUCUUUACAACUCUAAUGGUCAUUGUCGCCAGACAGCACAAAGAUAUCUGGGACCAGGUUAACCGGUGACAGAGAGGGAUAGAUGGGCUUAAAGACGCCCUCCCUCUCUUUCUAUAUCCUGACUAUAAUAGUAGAUGUAUUCAUGUGGUAGUUUACAGCAUCAAGAUCACCAUCAUUAGCCUGGACCCAGAUUGGUUUGUGUUGUCUUGCCAGCUACUCUGGUCAUAGUCACCCCAUUGGCCAUAAGAGUACAGACAGAUCUGAGACCAGGCUACACCACCAUACAGAGACACCUGAAAAUGUGCCAUUACAUGUUACUGUUUGUUUAUUUUCCUUGUGGAAAACGUCUUGCACAAAAUAUCGAAAGUUAUUAAUACGCUUUAUGACCUCCUACUUAUUUCAAUUUUAACUGGAUUCUAUGUUUGUUUUUUAUACUCCAUGGCUACUAAUUUGGACUUUUCCAUGUCGAGAUAGUGGUACGGCCCAGGUGUACAGGGCGAGUAUGUGUGUGAAUGUGUUUGCUAAACAUGCUUAUAUGCACAGAAAGUGUUUAGGUAGGAGGUAAGAAAACUGUUGAUUGUCUUUCCUUUCCUGUUACGAUGAGCGAAGGGAGGGAACCCAAGAGCGGACUCAGAAGAGGAAGCCGGGAUGAAUGCAUAAAAAGGUUUAUUGAUCACAGAGAAAUGGGGAGUGCAGAACCGGGGUAGCUCAGAUGAGUUGCAGAAACCAGGAGUGUAGAGUGAGGUUGGAGUUGGUUGAGUAGAACAGGGCCUGAGGGGAAUCCAAGGUAAUAGUGGUGAGUGAUAUCCAGAGCAAGGUGGUUGGUGGUGAGAUGUGGAACAGGAGCCAGAGACAGAGACAAAGCGGUAACUGCAAGGAGAGGACAAAAAUGGUGUAAGGCAGGAAAACGAGCAAAGCAGAGCAACAGGAUCUUGAGAAUAGACAAAAGGCUAGAGUGAUAACUGACUGAGCAGAGAUUACGAUCUGGCAGGGAUGAGUAUAUGUAGAGGUCUUGAUUAUGGGAUGAUUUGCAGCU